GCCCCGAUUUCCAGCGUUGCUGCGCCCGAUCUCAUCCCCAGCUACCCCCAUCCGACUUGCAGUCGCAAGGAGGAGCGAGCCACAUGAACCUCGGGAUCGGGCACGAGUAUGGAACUCGGUGUUCUAGACUCGAUGCUCCGCAGAGCUCACUCCCUGCUUUAAUCAGGACUCGCUUCCUCGACGAAGCGAAGAAAUUUGCACCUGCGACGAAUCUGAAUCCCAUGCCUCCAUCCACUUAUCCAUCCUCUCGAGAUCGAUCGAUGAAUUCAUGGCACACUCGGCGAGACCAUCCGUAGGUUUAGAUCAAUCCGUCGGUGAUUUUGGAUCCCUCGAGGGCUGAAGCACAUGCAAUCUACGAGGUGGAGAUUUUUAGAAUUAUCGCCCACACUCGUGGGCUGAAUUCUCCGCGUCUCAGAGGAAGCUCCUCGAUCCUCAUCAUUCGAACCGGCGGAGGUGGAUCUACGCUGUCGAGGGUGGAGGAGGAGCCAUCAUGACUCCCGAGCACGAAUGCUCGGGGAGGAGGAAUGCAGGGAUGUCAGUGGCGGCGCUCCUGCUACUGCUGCUGCUGCUGCUGCUGCUUCUGCUGCCGGUGGAGUCAGUGGGCGGCGUCGGAAUGGACAUCGAGACUGAUGUGCAUGCUCCUCGGCAUUCCGGACACGACGGCGGCAGCGGCAGCAGGUUCUCCUCGAGGAUGCUUGUUUCAUCGACUGGCCCCCCGGUGAUUCCAGAUGCGGAAGACGUCCAAAUCCUUCUGGCUGUGAAAUCGCAAUUCGACAAUGCAGAGGACGUGCUCACGGAUUGGAGCAACUCGAGCACCGCGUCCGCCUGCACCUGGACUGCUGUCUCGUGCGGAGGCCCGACGGGAGGUCGCGUGGUCGGGCUGAACCUCGGCAACCAGAACCUCAGUGGAAAGAUUCCUCCAUCGCUGGGCAUGCUUCCGUUUCUCCAGCUGCUCAAUUUAUCGACCAACAGUCUCGCCGGCCAAAUUCCGCCAUCGCUGGGGAACUGUACGCAGUUGGCGUACCUGAAUCUGGUGGCAAAUCGACUGCAGGGAGAAAUUCCCUACUUUGGAGAUCCUGCCGUGACAUUCCGGGAGCUGGUGUAUAUGAAUUUCGGGAGGAACCGACUCAGUGGGCCAAUUCCAGACUGGUUGGGAAAUGUUUCCUCUCUCGUGAAGCUCAGUUUCCAUCAUAACAAGCUGACGGGAGGCAUUCCCACGACGAUUUCGCAACUCUCCAAUCUGCAAUUGCUGUAUCUGUCGUUGAACGAUCUCACUGGACCCGUGCCGCCGUCGAUCGCCAACUGCUCGGCUCUGACGACGCUUGCCCUCGACAUGAACGAUCUCGACGGACCCAUACCGUCUGAGCUGGGGCAGCUGAGCAAUCUGGACAAUCUGUACCUGGGGACGAACGAGUUCACGGGCCAAGUGCCCGUGGCAAUUCUCACGAAUUGCACUGAGCUGAAGGUUCUGCUGUUCGAGAACAAUAAUCUGGUCGGCGGGAUUCCUCCGGAGGUCGGGCGGCUGCAGGCGCUCGAGACGCUCUACAUGCGAGGAAACAAACUGACGGGCCCGAUUCCCGUCUCCUUCGCGAAUUGCUCGAGCCUGUCGUGGCUCUCGCUGGACGACAACCAGCUCACGGGGGAUGUUCCAUGGGAGCUGGGGCGCCUGCAAAGCCUGACGUCGCUCAAUCUGUGGAACAACAACCUCACCAACAUUCUGCCGCCGUCGCUCGCCAACUGCACGAGCCUCAACCGCCUCACCUUCGGCCGCAACGACGGCCUGGUGGCGGACGGGCAGUCGCUCACGCCCCAGCCAUUCCCGGCCUGGCUGAGCUCGCUCACGGACCUGUCAUACCUGCAGCUCAUGACGGUGGGGCUCGAGGGACCCAUUCCGCCAUCGCUCUUCAACUGCACUCAGCUCACGACUCUUCACAUGCCUCACAACAACUUGACCGGCGCCAUUCCCGAGUCUCUGGGCGAUUUGAUCUUCCUCCAGGACAUAAUUCUCACGGGCAAUCGACUCUCGGGGCGCAUCCCGGAGUCGAUAGGGAAUCUCACGUGGCUCUGGAAUCUGUUCCUGGACGACAACGACCUCGAGGGGCCUCUCCCGACGGGGCUGCGAGAUCUGAUUUCGCUGGAGGAGCUGCAGCUCGCCUCGAAUCGUCUCUCGGGAGAAAUUCCGUCCGCCCCCGGAUUUUGGUCGCACCCGAAUCUCAUGAGGAUCACGCUUCGAGACAAUGCGCUCGCCGGAAGCAUUGAAUCGUGCUUCGGCAAUCUCUCGGCGCUCGCCUUCCUCGACCUUUCGUUCAACGGCCUGACGGGGCCCCUGCCGUCGGCGCUCGGCUCCCGCAGCCCGGCGCUCUCGCGCCUCGUCCUCAAUGACAACCGCCUCGGCGGGCCCGUGCCCGGUGACCUGUUCGCGGGCUGCGCCGGUCUGGCCAGCCUGCAGCUGCAGCGCAACGAGCUCAGCGGACCCCUGCCGCGCAGCGUCGGGCAGCUGGUGUCGCUCACGCUGCUGGACCUGUCGAGCAACGGCUUCAGCGGGCCGCUGCCGUGGCUCGGUCAGCUCAGCGCGCUGAACCUGCUCAACCUCUCGUGGAACCGGUUCUCGGGCGGCCUCCUGCAGGACGGGGGCACGCUGGACCUGCCGGACAAGACGCUGGUCGACGUCGACCUCUCGCACAAUAACUUCUCCGGCUCGCUGCCGUCGGAGCUGAGCACUCUCCGGGGCCUGGAGUCGCUCGACCUUUCCGACAACCUCUUUUCCGGCCCGAUUCCCCAAGGGCUGAGCCAACUCGAGGGACUGCGCCGGUUCAACGUCUCGUUCAACGAGCUCGAGGGCCCCAUACCGACGACCGGAGUCUUCGCGCGUAUCAACCUGACGGACGCGUUUCUCGGCAACCCGGAGCUCUGCGGGUCGGCGGUCGGCCGGAACUGCUCGGCGCCUGGCGCCCCCGGGUGCAAAGGGCUCCACUGCCGGGACGCCGUGAUCGGGGUGAGCUGUGCCGCCGGCGCGUUGGCGCUGCUGGCUCUGGGCGCCUGGCUCUGGGUCUGGCGCCGCGCCACGCAGACCCGCGCUGACCACGUGGCGUACGCCGACGCGUCGAUCCGGCUGGCGUUUCCGAGGUCGACCAAAGUGCUGACGCUGUCGGCCGAGAGCCUGAAGACGGCGACGGAGGGCUUCUCGGCCGAGUACCUGAUCGGCGAGGGGGCUGGGACGCGCGUCUACAAGGUAGUCGUGCCGGAGAGCGGGCACGUGUUCGCGGCCAAGGUCCUGCACUCCGGGCGCGCGACCGAGAGCCUCGAGAAGCAUCUGCUGGAGGAGUUCCAGACGCUGGGCAAGCUCCGGCACCGGAAUGUGCUCAGAGUGCUCGGAUUCUGCUCCAGCGCCGAGCUGAAAGCCGCCAUCCUCGAGUACAUGCCCAACGGGAGCCUGCACGAGCAUCUGCACGGGCUCCCCCCCGCGGGGGGCACUCUGUCGUGGGCCUCGCGCCUCAACAUCGCCAUGGGCGUCGCCCACGGCCUCCUCUACCUGCACGAGGAGUUCCCCGAGCCCAUCAUCCAUCGCGACCUCAAGCCCAUGAAUGUCCUCUUGGACGACGAUCUGGAGCCCAAGAUCUGCGACUUCGGGCUCGGCAAGUUCGUCUUCCAUCACGAGGCUGGAGAAGCCACUGCCACCGCUCUGUGCGGCACGAUCGGCUACAUCCCUCCAGAGUACACGACUUCGACCAGAGUGUCCACCAAAGGGGAUGUGUACGCAUACGGAGUGAUCGUCCUGGAGCUUCUGACGGGGAGACAUCCGACAGAGCAUAGCUUCGGUGAGGACGAAGAUCUGGUGACCUGGGCGCAGUCCAGUGCGAAUGUUGUGGACAUUAUUGACCCGACCAUCGUUCCACAUGAACAGAAAGCGGGUCUGCAACUGCAGCAGGUAACCUUGCUGUUGCAAGUUGCUCUGCUGUGCUGCCGAAGCAUGCCUCAAUCCCGACCCACCAUGCGGGAUGUACUGGGCAUGCUCCUGCAAAUCAAAGAGCCAAAUUUUAAACCUCAUGUCAACAUUGUUGUAGAAAACCACCCAAUUAAUUCACCUGAUGGUGUACAGACUCCGACAGAUUCCAAUUCAACUUCACUUUCGUAAUACCAUGACAUCAUUAUUAUUCUUAUGAAGGAUAAUGUAUAUUUGUACACACUAAGGGAGGUAGAAAAAUGUUGACUGUCUAUAGAGAUGGUCAGCAUAGCCUGUCAGGCCAAUCAGUCGAACGAGACCUUUCAUACUGUCUUCAUCGUCUAGGUCUUCAUCUUCAUAUAGGUCAAGUAGAUAUUAACUUAGUCCGGUCAGUGCUGUAUGCCGAGUAUUUAUCCGUGUACACGUUAUGUGACCAGCGGUUUUGACCGAUUUAGAACGAGCUACGAGCUCUUAUUAGUGCUCGAGACUAUCAGACGUACUCGCCGUGCUCACUGCUCGAUUGCAGGAUGGGCGCAUUCUCAUGGAGCAGAUCAUUGAGUUGCAACAGAUCGCUGAACGGUCUACGUGACAGCACGCAGAAUGCAAAAUAUCCCAAUCUGGAUGAUGCAUGUAUUAAAAGUCAUCAUUCACAAUUUAGUACAGAGUUAAACCUCCCAAUAGUGACACAUAACCGUUCAAGGGUUUUAUGUCACUAAUCGGAGUGUCACUCACAAGAGUAUAUCUAAUCUUUUCCUGCGUUAUUUGCGUUCAGUGGGCGCUUCUUUCUUUCUCAACAAAUCUGUCAUAGUGCCUUCGGGGAGUUUCUUUCUUUCUCGCUACAAUCUGUCACAGUUGUUAUGCAUUAGGUAGUCGUUUCUCUCUCAACGCAAUCUGUACUUGUUUGGAGGGAGUUUUUUUUCUCUCUUAAUCUACA